UAGUCGGGAGACGACUAGUUGGCUUGAUUUUCGGUUGUCAUGCUACAGCUUGGCAUUAUGGGUUACAACGCCACGUAAAAGAAACCUUUGACACUAACCUUCAAAUUUUCAAGAUUCCCAUGCAUUGGUUAGGAUGGGUUGUGAGACGAAAAGCUUGAGUCAUAGUGUUACUCAUAUUUAUCAAAAUGGUUCAAAUCGGUUAUGGCCAUAGUUGAAAAAAAAAUUGAAUUUUAAUCAGUAGACAAUCUAAAGUAUUAUUUUACAACUACGGAAUAUGUGUCGGUACAAGUGAUCUCGUUUGUUAGAUAAGUAAUGUGUAUAACGUGUUGAAUUUUGUUCGUUAAUUUAACUUAUCAUCUUAAAAAAUUUUUUGUUCGUACGUUGUGUGAUGGAUCCUUGUGAAAAGAAGCGUAUUUGUUGGUUGUGCUUUAAGACAUGACAGCCCAACGUUCGACUUAAAACAGUCGGGGAUACUCAAUUACACUACUGGAGUUCAUCUAAUAAACAAUGGCACUACCAAACAGAAAUCAAAACUCGCAGCUUCAAGGCAAUUUGCCUCCAGCUUCAUCAGUGCCAUAUACAUCACAUGGACCAGCACCUGGUAUGCCGGCACCUAGCAGUUACAGAAAUGCCAACCAUGAGGCUGUGCUGCAGGACUAUCGCAUGUCUGGCCAAGGGCUACAUGUUCCUGCGGGGGAUAUGAAUCCAGCGAGUGUUCCGCACCCUUUGGGUGGCAGAGCGUUACCAAGUCAAGGUGCUCCCAACUACAGAACGACUGCAGGCGGCAAGCUGCCAGUUACAUCACCGUCGUCUGCCACUGGUGCACCUCACGGAUCUGGUGUACUGCCUUCGGCCAUGUUAUCACACAGUGCUUCUUCUUUUACAAGUUUAAACGACAAUAGGGGUAAAGCUUAUCUUGCCCAGCCCAGGCAAGACGUGAGUAAUUAUCUGCCGUCUCCGAAUAUUCCACAACCAAAUACAAUGGGCAGAUUUCAGCAGCCAGGUUCUAAUCUAGCGCUAAACUCUGAGUUGAAAGCUAACCAUGACUAUAGCCAAAGUGAGAAUCUUCCUAUCCAGAAUGUGAAUGUUAGUGAAAGGAAACCACAAUUAGUGAAUGGUGAACUUGAAGAUUCGCAGUAUACGAGUGCAAGUGCGAAACGUGUCCAGACCAACUAUCAGCUUAAAAGUGACGGUUCUCAACCGAACAUUUACCCGGGUAGCAGUAGGGGAGGCCCUCUACAAGUGGGUUUAGCGGGGCAGGGAACGAGGUAUCCAGCGGAAAGCACUCCGGGUCGCAGCCUGGGCGCGCAAGGUUCAGAAUCACUCAGGACGCAUGCGAGUGCACCCAUGCUCGCCUCUCCUGGGUUCGGUCAAGUGGUUUCGCCAGCGGGCAGUUCGUUCCGCCCCCAAGUUUCCUCGCCGUCGAGAUUCCCGCAAGUGUCACCCGUAAACAGGAGUCAGCAGCGUGGUGCCAGCCCAUCGCCUUUGAACACAUACCAGCAGAUUCCCGGGCCUGCACGCCCUGGCCAGAGGUUGCAGCACACAACUGCACCAGCCAACGAGGGGGGCCACAACUACAAGAGGAGGUAUCCUCUCCAGGAAAACGUUCAACACCGAAGUCAGGCAGGUGGUGACAUGGUGACACAAGGAAUGGCCGGACUGUCAGUUGCUCAAGGAUUCAAUAAACUUUGGGGAAUGGAAACAAUUGAGCUUCUUCAAAAUAGAAACAUUUUACCACCUGAGAAGUUAGAAGCCCCGCUAAUUAAGUUGUAUGACGAGUACCUGAGCAGCGUGAACUGCAGUCCUGACAUUUUCAGAUGCACAUUAACUAAAAUACCCCAGAAUAAUUCUCUGCUACAAAAAUCAAGACUUCCGCUAGGAAUUCUGAUUCAUCCAUUUAAAGACUUAAAUCACUUGCCUGUGAUCCAGUGCAGUACGAUUGUACGCUGCCAAGCCUGUCGGACCUACAUUAACCCCUUUAUUCACUUUGUGGAUCAGAAGCACUGGAAGUGCAACCUGUGUUUUAAAGUUAAUGAACUUCCUGAAGAAUUUCAGUAUGAUCCUGUUAGCAAUACACAUGGUGACCCAUCAAAAAGACCUGAAAUAAGAUCAUCCACAAUUGAAUUCAUAGCACCAUCUGAAUACAUGCUCCGCCCACCACAACCUGCAGUGUACUUAUUUCUGUUGGAUGUGUCCCAAAUGGCCGUGGAAAGUGGUUAUUUGGCAACAUUUACAAAAUGUUUAGUUGAUAACUUGGACAAGCUGCCAGGAGAUGGACGUACUCAAGUUGGCUUCAUUGCAUACAACAGCAAUGUUCAUUUUUAUAAUCUGGCGGAGGGUUUGAGUCAACCACAGCAGAUGGUCAUAGUUGAUAUUGAUGAUGUGUUUGUGCCAUGUCCUGACAACUUGCUGGUUAAUUUGUCAGAAUGUGUUGAACUGGUGAAAGAUCUUUUGGCUCAACUGCCAGCUAUGUUUGCUGGCUCACAUGACAGCAAAUCAGCAUUGGGAGCAGCUCUGCAAGCAGCAUAUAAAUUAAUGGCUCCAACGGGCGGUCGAAUUACAGUAUUCCAGUCGUGUUUGCCGAAUGUUGGUCCAGGAGCUCUGUCUGUUCGUGAAGAUCCAAGUUUACGUGCAGGCAAGGAAGCCCACCAUCUUAAUCCAGCUACUGACUUCUACAAGAGACUGGCCUUGGACUGUUCCGGGCAACAGAUAGCUGUUGAUCUGUUCUUAGUCAACAGCCAGUAUGCUGACCUAGCGACUUUAUUGGGAAUUUCACGCUUCUCAGGCGGCUGCAUUUAUCACUUUCCACUGUUCAAAGCUUCUAAUGCUCCACAAAAUGAAAGUUUUCAUAGGACACUGAAGCGAUAUUUGACCAGGAAAAUUGGGUUUGAAGCAGUGAUGAGAAUUCGCUGCAGUAGAGGUUUAUCAAUUCAUACAUUUCACGGAAACUUCUUCGUACGGUCUACAGAUUUGCUUUCUUUGCCAAAUGUCAACCCUGAUGCAGGCUUUGGAAUGCAAAUUGCAAUUGAAGAUAGCUUGACUGAUCUCCAGACAGUGUGUUUUCAAGCAGCAGUUCUUUAUACAUCAAGUAAAGGUGAACGCAGAAUUCGCGUUCAUACUUUGUGCUUGCCUAUCGGAAACACCCUGAGUGAUGUGUUGUAUUCAGCAGACCAACAGUGCAUUGUUGGCUUGUUAGGAAAGAUGGCUGUUGAUCGCUCACAUCAGUCGUCACUGGUUGAUGCCCGGGAUGCUUUCAUAAAUGUGGCAAUUGAUGUUCUUUCUGCCUACAAGUUGGUUGUAAAUAGUGGGCCAUCGGGAGACUUGUUGGCACCUAAUAACUUGUGCUUACUCCCACUGUACAUAUUGGCACUGUUGAAGUGUGUUGCGUUUCGUACUGGUCAGAGCACACGCUUAGAUGAUAGAUUGUUUGCAAUGUGCCAAAUGAAGACUCUACCUUUAGGUCAACUAAUUCAGACUAUAUAUCCAGACUUGUAUCCUGUUCACAACUUGGAUGACCAGAAUGUUAAGUACGUGAACGGUGUGCCGGUUCCUAACCCACCUCGCUUGCACUUAUCUGCUGAAAAACUGGAUUCAACGGGAGCAUUUCUGCUUGAUGCAGUUGAUGUCAUGAUUAUAUAUGUGGGACACAGCAUCAGUGCUGAAUUUUGCUCUGCUGUUUUUGGAGUGCCUGAUUUUUGUAGUUUGCCUGAUGAAAUGUAUAAACUACCUGAAAUUCCUAAUGCAGAAUCACAGAGACUUCAAAAAUUUGUGAACCAUUUACAAUCGGAAAAGCCAUGUGAUGCUUCACUGCACAUAAUGAGGGAUGACAGUCACAACAGAAGAAACUUUUUUGAUAGACUAAUUGAAGAUCGAUCUGAAACAUCUCUAACGUAUUACGAAUUCUUGCAGCACUUGAAAGCAAAUGUUAAAUAACCAUCCGUUUUAAAGUUUGAUUAUUCAUAUUUAGUGCUGCUUGUACAAAGAGAAAUAUGAACUAUGUUUGUUACUAUUUGUAAAUUAGUAUUUAUUAUACAGAAGACAUAUUCAGAUGCUCUGGGUUUCUAAUUAAAUAUUUAUAAGCAUAUGAAGUAUAUGAUAGCCACACAUUUAGUGUUUAAGGUGAUAGAAUUUUAAAAAAAUGUAUGAAAUCUUGUAUUUGUGAAUGUGUUAAAAAUUUCAUUAGGUUAAAGUAUUCAAAUAUAAUUUUGUUAAAUAGCUUGUGUUUUAAAUAGAUUCGUAAUAGACUAUGAAGUAUUGUUUAUGUGGUAUUCCAAGUAAAAGCAAUGUGUGUAACAUAUUAAUUGUAUAUAUGUUUCACAUUGCUUAUGUUAAAUGGUGGCUAAUGAUUAUUUUUGUGUGCACUGCUGUUGAUGGUGGUGUAUUUCAUGCAGUGAAAGUCAUAAUAAUAUUAAAAUUUAUCUAUUUGAUUGAAUGAAGUCAUAUUUCAAUAUAAGUUUAGAGAUGUGAUAUUAAUAUAAGACCACUGUUAUUGAAUAAUGUCCAUACACAUUCAGGAGCACUUAAAUGUUAACCUGUUAUACUUGAGUCAUUAUGCUAAUUUUCCUUGUUGACAAGAUAGUACUUGAAAGUGUAUUCGUUGAAUACUUGUUGAUUGUAAGUAACUGAAUGUGGAAAAAGUCAUACAGAACAGAAGUGUUAGGUAGUUUCUAUGCCCAUUUUUCGUGUUGUUUUUUUCUUUUUUUCAGUAGUUCUUAAUAUUUAUCAGAAAAUGUUCUCAUGAGAAUUUUUUUCCUUAUAAAUUAAACGUUUGUAUGGUUUAAAAUAAGCUUAACAAGUAUAAUUCAAACAGAGUUAUGUUAAUACCUAAUAUAUUCUGGAAUAAACUGAUCAAGGUGUGAAAUUUUAUUUGAAUUUGAGAAGAAAAAAUUGCACCAGGUAUUGUUUUAUGUUAAAAAUUUGUUUUAGUGUAUGUACUUCCAUGUAUAGUUUUUCUCAUAACUUAUAAAACUUAACUGUUCUGUCACUAUGUAUGUAUAAAGUGUUACAUUUAUUAGUCACUGGCUGCCAGGUGUUAGGAUUUCUUUUAAAUCAAUUUAAAUUUAUAGAUUUUCAACUAUUAUAUUUUUUAUUCAGAAACAAGUUUUUGUACGAUGAAACUACUUUUUCGAGUGCUGCUUAGUCAACGUACAAAUUAGCAGUUUAUGAAAAGUAUAAUUAGCAGCAGUGAACCAAUAAGUGGUACCAUUUAACUUUUUAAAUGCACCACCCAGCUUUGUUUCUGUUGUCACUAUAGGACAUGUAGUUUUAAAUUCUCUUAAUGGAGGUAAGUCUACUUGCAUACGGGUGUUCAAGCAAAUGUUUUCAGUCAAAUCUUACUCUGUACUUAGCUCAUGUAAGUAAAGUUUUGUUCUCAAUGAGCUUGAAAAUGUUUGUGAAACUUUUUGUUAUAAUAUUGCAAUGGAAUUAAUUUAGUGUUGCUUAGUGGGUAAUAAUAAUAUUAAAACUAGUUCUUUUAUGUUUUUUUUUUCUAUCCUGAAUAUGAUGAAUUGUACCUUUUCUGUACAUUAACAUAUUUUAUGUAUCAGUUUUACAUUACUUAAUAAUUUCUUAUUGUCACUUUCAUAUUGUCAAAACUUUUUAAGUAUUGAGUAGAUAUUAAUUACUUUUGAUUAUAAUCUCAUGAACAAUUAAAUGUUUGAUAACUACAAACUUCCAUAUAAAAUAAGUUUUUUUGCCUUUAUUUAGAUAUUUUGUCAUUUUCAUUGAGUAAUUGCUAGAAACCUUAUUCUUAGGUGUCACAAAAAAAAUGCAAAUAGUUGUAUGUUAAAGAAAUAGCUUAUGAAGAACUUAAGACAGCUAUACCAUAUGUUUCUGGACCAAACGGAAUAGUUAGUGUUAUGAGAAAGACUUUGUUAAAAAAUCAAUUUCUAGAUUGCUUGGUUAAUCCUUUGUCAAGCACAAUAUAAUAAAUAGUUGCUGGUAUUGGCGCAAUGUAUCUGUCAGAUUACUUAGUAGAAACGUAAAAUUCCUAAAAAAAAAAAAAAUGUAUUUAAUUUUUUUCCGUAAUGUUUUUUGGUUAUAUUUAAGCCUUAAAGGCAUUUUAUCUACUAAGUAUUUAAUGUUCUUAACUCCUAAACAGAGAGAGACAGUUUCAAUAUCCCUACAGCAAUUUGCAAUGAAUAUAUAUAAAAAAAUAUAUACAUAAUUUCAUGAAACUACAUUACGCACAAAUAGCAAUUUUUACUUUAAUUUACACAAAAGCUAUUUAGUUUCCAUUCCUCCAUUAACAUCCUAGCCCUUAAACUUUGAGUUGAAACAAUGCCCGCCUAUUUUUGGAAUGCAAACAUUUUUAUUUAAAGGAAUUCCGCUAUCCUUCAUUUGCUUGUAUGGUAAGUUGUUCAACUUCUUAAUCAGAAUUCUGCUAUUUCAAAAACAAACAUCUCUUUUUCACUUAAUUGUAAAUGUGAUAUGUGCAUUUACACCACUGAUACUCAGAAUUGUUAUAUCUUAUACUAGUCACAAAUUCUGUUGAAGUUGAGACUUUUUUUUUCAUAGUGCUUACGUGACAACUUUUUGGUUUGGAGUAAGUUUACAGGUUCUUUAUUAGUGACAUGAUUGUCAGCUGUUACAUUACACAUUAUAAAUGUGUUCUGCAAGAUUUAGGAUAGUUUCAGCAAACUUGUAACUUAUGCGAAAUGGCCCUUUUGGCUGUUCUCAGUUGUAAGAAUGCCAAACUUUAGAAUCGGCUAACACUAAAAGAUUUAUCCUGUAUUUGUUUGACUUGCAGGUUACGUAUUGCCUGAAUGAAUAUAACCUAGACCAGGCAGCAUCUCGUCAGUCGUAACAUUUUUUCCCGAGUUAUUUUCUCGCGCAGUUUUCAACAAAAGCAGUAAAAUUCUCACUAACAGCAGCCAGCUUAUCCACUGUUCUCCUUUCUUCCCAAGGUUUUCUCUCAUCAAACUUGAUGCAGCGAAGAAGAAACUUGAACUGUUAUAAACUUAUCACUGGGUGAAACAUUUUGACUCCACAACCAUCAUCUACCCAUAAAUCUUUCAAGCUAAGUGUACUGCUAUAUAGUACACCUGCAGGAUAAAGCAGGCCAAAAAAAGCUUUCAGUUAAAAUAUUCGAAAUUAUCAUUCCAUUCAUGUGUAAACUGAGGGCAAAUAGUUUCAGUAUGUAUAUUCAUGUGUGUGUUGCUUAUUAAUCAUUGGUAUUUCUGUACUUGUGAAACAUUGUUAGUAAAGUACUUGCUUGAAAUGAACAUUUAAUUAUACUCUGCGUGAAUACAGAUCUUGCUAAAGUUUUGUUCAUGACCAAGUCACUGGCUCGAAUGUGGGCCACUUCUAGCACUGUCUUGAAAAGUUUGCACAUGACUGUCCCGGUUGGUGCUUGAGAAUAUCUGCCUUACAAGUGCUUCAGAUCGAAGGUGGCUAGGGGAGUAGCAGUGUAUUAGCAGAGCAGGAACGUGCUUAAAGAAGGGUGCAAUAAAAUUAAAAACCGGAAGUAAGUGUAUUUUCCUGAAGCAUCCAAUAUUACGUACACAAAUAGCUUUCUUUAUAGCAUCUACCUAGUGUGUGUUCCCAAAAUACCUAGCAGCACUGCAGCUGCAAGGUUGGUGGUGUGGUGUGUCUGCAAUGGCCUUGAACAGUUCAAAGGGGUAGUGAGUUUUGGCAACAAGCUGUUUCUCAUAACAUAAUUUGUGCACAUACAGGAUAAGGAAUUUGAAAGUGACAGUCUGUGAAAUAUUAUGCAAUUUUUUUAAUAAAUUUUAUUGUAAGUAAUUCACAUGAGAAAAUGUUCAGCUAGUAAGUUUACUAUGCCAUGUACUGUGUAGUUUUUAGAAAGUGGUGUAGCUAAGUUAAGUUAGUAUAAUAUUUUUCAUUAUGUGUAAAAUUAUAUUGCUCUGAGGAUAAAUAUAUAAUCUUUAGUGAGCCUUUGUAACAAGUAACUUGUGUUUAUAAGGCUUUAAAGGAUUAAAGUAAAUAAUUUAGUCUGUUUAAUCUGCUUCAUGUACUGGAAUCUGAGUUUUGUCUUUCAAAGUCAUUGUAAUGUAACUGUAAGAGGUGCAGAAUUGAAGGUAUGCAAGUAGAUUGCCUCACAAGCUAAUAAUCAAAAGAUUUUUAAUCUUUUAAUUUAUACUGAAAACAAAUAUGAGUUCCAAAGUAUGCAUAUGUAAUUUAUAAUACUUACUAUGUUUUUUUUUAAAUUAAGUAGGCCAGUGCGAAUAUCAGUUUUUAAGUUCAAAUAAAAUUUUAAUACAAAUAUCAAAAUAUUUUUCAGUAAGAAUAUCAAAUUCAAAAAGCAAGAAUAGAGGGAUAAAAUUUUUGAACAUGUUUAUGGUAGUUUCUCAUUUUUUGCAAAUAUUUGAACCUGGAAGUCACAAACGAUGUAAGGGGUAACAUGGGGUGGCCCACACGCUCACUAUUUGUGACUUAUUCCUGUGGCAUUACAGCAAGAAAAAGGUUUUCAAAUUCGUCCUCAUACCUUGAAAGAACUGAUGAUGCGAAUUUGGGAGGAAAUCACCGCUACACCCCUCAAUAUUUGCUGAAAAGCGGUCGAAGAGUUCCGAAAUCGCCUUCAUCAAUGCAUUGCUGCUGAUGGCCACCAUCUUCCUGAUGUGGUCUUCAGAGCUUGAUUAAAACUAUAAACUGAUUCCAAUAAAAUAAACCUAAUUUCUGUAAGUUACUCAGUUAAAUGUCUAAAAUUGAAUACAGUCAAAUAUUUGGUAUUUCAAAGUUUAUUUGAAAUCAUUUAAAAUACUAAAAAUAAAUUAUUCAUUUUAAUUUUUGAAAUUUUGAAUGUUCGCACAUGCCUAUCAGUAAGUUUUUUAUUUAAGCCUCAUUCUUUCUUUCUGUGGCAUAUGAAGGUAAUGUUGGUACACUAAGUUGUUUCUUGAAGCAUACUGUGUAAAUUGUGAUGCUAAGUCAAGACAAAUGUCAUUUCCUUCAUUAGGUGCAAAAAUAUUUUGCAAAAAACAAACAUUUCAUCUUUAAUCAACAUUUGUAAAUAGUGGCUUGCAAACCAAGCCCACCACAUACAGACAUAUCUUGUGUUUUACUAUUAAUUUGUUUGUAGAGCUCAUUAGUGGGCUGCAUAGCAGGGUAAGUUACAAGUUUCACCGUUGGUUUUUUUGUAGGGCUGGGCCGAUACCACUUUUCACCGAUUCCACCGAUAGCGAUUCUUAUGGGCCGAUACUGCAGAUACUCGAUGCCGAUACUAACCAAAGAAAUGUUUGUGUUAUGAAAGGAUAUUUUACUUAUAAAAUAUUUUUUAAUUUCAUAUUAUAAUGACAGAGUACCAUCAAACGGUCAAAACACUUACUAACAUCCAUCUUACAAUAAUAAUAAAACACACACAAAUACUUUUUUUUCAGCCCACAUGUUUAAGCAUUGCCCCACCUCGUGAUAUUUUUACAUGGCAGAAAGUGUAUGUAGCCUUGGUACCUUCAUUUGAUUGAAGAGUGAAGUAUUUCCAAACUUCACUUCUCUUCCCAGCCAUAUCAUCUCACUCACAAAAAUUUUUAAAAUAUCACUUUAGGUUUAGAUUUUAACAAUUCAAGCUAACGUAAAUACUAAAUUGUAAACAAACACAACAGAACAUCAGCAAAAUCAUAGAUAUAUGUAUAAAUAACAUGGAGAUGGGGCAAGCUACUCAGAUGUUCUUCAGCAACUGUUUCUAUGAUCGCGAGUGCUGUAAAUGUGAUUGCGAUUGCGAUUUACUUUAUCGCAAGCACUGGUAAACGUAACGUGAGGCUGUCUUUGCUCCACAGUUGGCAAUGAAUAUUUUUUUAAAUUUAUUUAUUCAGGUUUUGUUCAGUGGAUCCCAUAUGGAGUUAAGGACUCCGGGAUAUAAAACAAGUCAAGUCAAUUUGAUACAUAUAUACAUAUAUAUAUACACAUACUGCAUAAGUACAAUUAUUAAACAUUAUAGAGUACAUUGGUACAUAAGAAAUGGUAUAAACUCAAGUUUAGGACAUUUAUACAUUUAUAGUAUGAACGUCUAUGGUUCUCGGGCUCCAUUGUAUUUUUAAAACAAUCAACACGACAAGUUUUCUUUAAAACAGUAGCGCUGGGGGAAGGUAACUUAGGGUAAUAAUUCAUAAAUUACAAAGUUAGGCAAUUAUUUUAAAAAUUAGUUUUGACUUACAAAAAAACUAGUUGCGUGAACGUGAAAUACUAUUCCUUAGUGAUUUUUUUCCAAAUAAAACAAUAUAACACAUUUUAAGAACUUGGACUGAGGUAUCGGCGCGAAGUAUCGGUAAAUAUUUUACAGAUGCUGCCGAUGCCGAUACUCUGAAUAUCGGCUGAUACUUAUGAAUCGGCAUCGGCCCAGCCCUAGUUUUUUGUGCAUGAAACCAAUAUCAUUGCAGGUGCAUCAUCUUGUGUAACAAGGCAAACAUGACAGCUUGCUAUGAGUUUUUGUUAACAUCUGGUUAAGCAGUCAUAAAAAAUAAUUUAGAGAUUUGGCUGGGUGGAAUUUUGGGUUUUGUGUUUUAGCUGACAGUCAUAUCUGGAUACAGUUGUCAUAUAUUGUACACUGCCAAUGUUUUGGUCUAUAUGCAUGUAAUAAACAUAAAACUUCAAAAUAUACAGAACGUUUUCUGUAAAACAAGUUUUGAUGAUUAUACUUUAAAACCCUUUCACAGUCACUAUUUCGCAAGCAAGCGGGCCUACUCAAUUUGGGACUUCUUAAUCUUGGGGGAUCUCUGCCCAUGGUGUUGAUGCUAUUUUUUUUGUAACUUUACUUAGUGGUUUAAAUAAUAAAUGUAAUAGGUAAUACAUAGAUGCAAUUCACAGCAAGCUGCCAUGACUAUCUGGGUUUGCAACCUGAUGGCUGUGACUGAGUGUAUUUGUCCUAUGGUCUCAUAGGCUGAGAUGACAAACCCGCAUGGAAAUUUAUAUAGGUAAUAGCACCAUUUCAAUUAGUACAGUAAAACUAGUACAACCCUGGUAGGAAAAAUAUUAAGUACCGGUACUUAAAAAUUUAGACUCAUUAACAUAGAAAACUUAUUAAAGGGGUAAAAUGUUAUGUAUUUAUAGGUCAAGUGCUAAGUUUUUUUUUUUUUUUUUUAAAUUUAAAAUUAUGGGAAUUUUCUGAAGUAGAAUAUUUCUUAAGAUGAAUUUACUGUACUAAAAAUUCACAGCCCUCAAUGGAACUGCAUCUAAACAGCAACAUUUUGAGUAAAUUCGGCUGUGCAGCAUCUAGUUGGUCAGUGUGUACAAUAUCAGAAGACAUAUUGUUGUGUGUGUGGUGGGUUUUCUUGCAGUUGCAGCUACUAUUAAUUUGUGGGGAUACAUACCAGUAUUUGGAGAAAUUUAUUACCACCUAUUGAAUUUUAUUUUUUGACUUAGCAUUUCAUUAAUUUUUUUUUGCAUAAAAAUGUAAAUCUCUUCUUAAACAUAAAAAGUUCCUCUUUUUUUUUCAUCAGUUGAAUAUACGUAAAUGUAUGGGUUUAGCUAUGACAAAUAUUUAUUUAUUUUAUUAUAAGAAAUAAAAAUGAUGAAUUUUACCUGUCACCUUGUUUUAGUCAUGAUGAAAUACGCUCAUAUAGUAAAUAAGUUUUUACUUCAAAAGACAGAAGUUAGAUAAUUUUACUACACAAGUUGGAUAAAACUGUAUUGGUUGUAAGUUACAGGAAUAAUUUUCUUUUGUCAAAUUUACUUUGUGAAGUUGUUAAUUUUUUGAUUGUUUGGAAAUAUAUUUGAGAUAAACCA